AUCAAACAUCCGGGACACCAAGGAUAAGCAAUCGAGUCUAUCUCAAGUCGAACCAACAGCCAACCAAUCAAGUUACGUUAGGUUGGUCACGUGACGCCGAUGCAGGAAGAAGGUCAACUAGUGGGUUCCCUCCAGAACUGAGCGCGGAUCUCCUUCAUCAGCUCUCCUCCCCGUGCUACCGUGGGUCCGCUAUGGAUGCGAAUGAUGGCGCUUCGGGAAGUCAGUCUGAUGUUAUGCAGUCAGCCAGGCACUUACUGCAGUUACUCGCAUCGACAGGGAGACAACAGGGCAGUGAUAUCGCAAAUCAAGACAUGAGAGAACAGAGGCAGGGAGGUCACCAUGGUGGUAUAGCCUAUCAGCAAGAAAGACCCUCUGUGCAAAUGGAAAUGACCAGGUCCUUCCCAGGUAUUUUUACAAAGUCUCGAGGAAAGAGACGCUUUCCUGCAGCCAAUCUUGUUCCUGCCAAGAAAUUCAAGCCACUUGAAGUGGCCUUCUACUUGCUGCCAAAGCAGUUUGAGAAAACUCCAAAAGAGCAGGAACAAAUCAUCCAUUUGCAGGCAGGGCUGGGUCGUAGGACUGCUCAUCUAGAUGAGAGCACAACACAUGAAGAGUUAUGUGAUGCCCUCAAAGUUUUAUUCCCAAAACUGGGGACAGUUACUGGCGGGUGGCUGCUUUACACAUCCUCAGGUGGAUGGGGUAGCCGAAAACUCUCUCUUGUGGCUCCUGACGACACUGGCUAUACAGGCAAGCUCUUGAAGGCUGCAAGUCGUGGGGGUAAAAAUCUUUACAUCGCCCCUAUUCAAGAAGAGCUUAGCACAAAUUCCCUUCCAUUAACUGACGACGCCUUUAGAAACAUGCCAAAAUCCACAUGUCAAAAGUGUGAAGCAGCAGUUCCCCUUCCACUCCUGACAGAGCACAUCAAGUCUUGUGAUGUUAUUCAUGUUGGCAGUGAUGAUAACCUGAUUAAUGUGGAUAGUGGAGACCCGGAAGAGAGCAAAUCAGCAGAUAUGCAGGAAUGUCCUGUCUGCACAAAAAUGUUUCCCACUGACUUUAUUGAGGCACAUGCUUCUUCAUGUGGGGAAAGUGCAGGAAAUGAAGUGAUGCAUGCAAGCACUGUCAUUAUGGAAGAGCAAGCCGCAAUGCCUGGCCCAUCAGGAACAUGUGCAGCAGUCACAGAUGGCUGGUUAACUGUCAGUGACCCCACCAAGGCCAUAUCUCAGUGUGUGGACAGCUUUCUCCGUAUUCAUGAAGUGGAGACUCCUUUACUUCUCAGCAUGGACAUCAGAAGAAGUCCUGCUGAACAGGAUAUGGCCCUUAUCUCUUUCUACAAGCGACCUAAUGUGGAAUGGGGACGGCCCCUGAAUUGCAGACUUGAAGGUGAUACUGCUAUUGGACAGGGGGUAACUCGCUUUUUUUUGUCAACAUGUAUAGAAAAGCUGAAGUCUGGGUUUUGCAUCAAUUUUGCAAACUCCAAUGUUACACGGCUUUUUGAAGGAGAGCCUGGUCAUCUAGUCCCUUCAGCCUCUCAUUUCCUUGUGGAAAGUGAUAUGUUCUUGGUGGCGGGGAGAAUGCUAGGCCACUCCUUUCUUCAUGGAGGACCAUGCCUGUCGGGAUUCAGCCCUGCUGUUGUUCAUGUCCUUCUUGGUGGAAGUCCUGAAACAGCAACUGUUACACUAGAGGACUGUCCAGACCUGGACAUCAGAGAAACAAUUGCACUUCUUGAAGGGGAAUCCAAACUCUCAGAGAAGGAUACAGUAAGUGUCCAGGAUUUAGCCCAUGCCUGGGACUUCCCUUCCCUGACUGAGAACAACAGGAAAUGGCUUUUUGAAAAACUAUUGAUCCAUGCUGUCAUCGGACGUGUUACGAGACAAAUUAAGCAGCUGAGACGAGGUCUUAAAGAAACCCCAAUGUGGACAGUACUGACUCAAAGACCUGAUACAGUGGCCAUCCUUUUUCCAAAACGGGGAGAAGGAAAUUUCAGCCCCGAGCAACACUAACUGAAUUGACCAAUCUGGUCAAAUUCUGGACUGGAUGGGAGAUUCUACCAACAAGUCUCUGUGUAGAGGUAGUCAUGGGUAGAUGCCCCACAGCUUCCAC